AUGUUCAGUAUACCCGAGUAUGAAAACAAAAUUCUCGACAAACUACGACGCAGUGAUACAACAAGUCUCCAUAUUACGAACAGCACCAUAUCGUCUGGAGGAGUCAGAGCCAUCGCAGAUGACCUGAAAACAAAUUCAAGGUUAACAAGUCUUACUAUUGAUAACAACAAUAUAUCGAUUGAAGCGGUCAGAGCAAUUGCAGAUGCCUUGAAAAUAAACUCAACACUAACAGCCCUCAAUAUGAACGGCGGCUUUAUAUUCGAUGAAGGGGCUAAAGCGGUUGCAGAUGCCCUGAAAAUAAAUACAACGUUAACCAGUCUUACUAUUGAAAACAACAAUAUAUCGGAUGAAGGGGUCAAAGCAGUUGCAGAUGCCCUGAAAAUAAAUAUAACAUUAACAAGUCUUACUAUUGGACACAACGAUUUAUCUUAUGAAGGGGUAAAAGCAAUUGCGGAUGCCUUGAAAAUAAAUUCAUCAUUAGCAACUCUCGAUAUCAACCAGAACGAUAUAUCGAUUGAAGGCGCUGAAGCAGUCGGAGAAGCAUUGAAACUAAACUCAACGUUAACAAGUCUUAAUAUGGGAUACAAUAAUAUAUCGAAUGAAGGAGCCAAAGCAGUUGCAGAUGCCUUGAAAACAAACUCAGCAUUAACAAGUCUUAAUAUUGAAUGCAACUGGAUGUCGUCUAAAGGGGCCAAAGCAAUUGCGGAUGCCUUGAAAAUAAACUCAACGUUAACAAGUCUUAAUAUUAAAAACAACCGUAUAUCGGAUGAAGGGGCGAAAGCAGUUGGAGAAGCAUUGAAAAUAAACUCAACAUUAACAAGUCUCGAUAUGAGUGCAAACGGUAUAUCGGCUGAAGUUGCUGAAGCAGUUUUAGAAGCGUCGAAAAUAAAUUCAACGUUAACAAGUGUUAAUAUGGAAUAG